AGUGAGAGUGAGAGAUAGAGUGUGUUUUGGUUGUUGAUUUGUGCCCUCUGUGGUUUUAAAUGCAUGUAAUCUGAGAGCCACACCUGACCCAGCCAUCAUGUACUGAAACCCUUGACAAAAACAUAACCAGUGUUGGAUCUGUCUGUCUGUCGCAUCUCUUGUUUUUGUGGAGAUGUUGUUUUGCAGACUGAAUCAGUGCUGAGCAGUCAGACUACACCUGGUCAUUUGCAUCCAAAUAAUGACACAUGCAAAGGUGAAAUCUCUGCCUGAAAACCAAAGGCUGAGUCACCACUGAGGGUCCCAAGAGACAGAGAGAGAGAGUGAAAGUGAAGAGACAUUACAUCACAUAGUGGCAGGAGAAGUGUGUGAGAAAAGAAGACCAGAGUGAAGCGAACGUAAGGGAGAGCAAGAGAAGAGGACAAAACAACAAGCAGGAAGUAGAGCACUGGGCUCACCCCCUGACCCUUGAACUUUGACCUCAGUGCCAACAUGAAUGACCAGAAUGUGGUGAAAGAGGGCUGGGUGCAGAAGAGAGGUGAAUACAUUAAGAACUGGCGACCGCGGUACUUCCUGUUAAAGACGGAUGGAUCAUUUAUUGGAUAUAAAGAGAAGCCACAGGAUGCUGAUCUGGCAUAUCCACUCAACAACUUCUCUGUGGCCAAGUGUCAAUUGAUGAAGACGGAGAGACCGAAGCCCAACACCUUCAUCAUCAGGUGUCUGCAGUGGACCACUGUGAUCGAACGCACCUUCCACGUGGACACGCCCGACGAGAGGGAUGAGUGGGUGGAGGCCAUUCAGAUGGUGGCGGACAAGCUCGCCAAACAGGAAGAGGAAGGAAUUCUGUGUAGCCCCAUAUCCCAGAUCGAAAACGUCAAUGAGGAAGAGAUGGACACGUCAACCAGUCAUCACAAACGAAAGACAAUGAAUGAUUUUGACUAUCUGAAGUUACUGGGCAAAGGCACAUUUGGGAAAGUGAUUCUGGUCAGAGAGAAAGCGAGCGGCACAUAUUACGCAAUGAAGAUCCUGAAAAAGGAGGUUAUUAUUGCUAAGGAUGAAGUGGCUCAUACGCUUACAGAGAGCAGAGUGUUGAAAAACACCAGGCAUCCGUUUUUAACUUCGCUGAAGUACUCGUUUCAGACGAAGGAUCGUUUAUGUUUUGUUAUGGAGUAUGUGAAUGGAGGAGAGUUAUUUUUUCAUUUGUCGAGAGAACGUGUGUUUUCAGAGGAUAGAACCCGUUUCUAUGGUGCCGAGAUUGUCUCUGCAUUAGAUUACUUGCACUCUGCAAAGAUUGUUUACCGUGACUUGAAGCUGGAAAACCUGAUGUUGGAUAAAGACGGUCACAUAAAGAUCACUGAUUUCGGUCUUUGUAAGGAGGGAAUUACAGACGCAGCCACCAUGAAAACAUUCUGUGGGACUCCAGAGUAUCUAGCACCCGAGGUAUUGGAGGACAAUGAUUACGGGAGAGCGGUGGAUUGGUGGGGUCUUGGAGUCGUUAUGUAUGAGAUGAUGUGUGGACGCCUGCCCUUUUACAAUCAGGACCAUGAGAAGCUGUUUGAACUGAUUCUGAUGGAGGAGAUCAAAUUCCCCAGAACCCUCUCUGCUGAUGCCAAGUCUUUACUGUCUGGACUACUCAUAAAAGAUCCCAACAAGAGGCUCGGAGGAGGACCGGAUGAUGCUAAAGAAAUCAUGAGGCACAGUUUCUUCACGGCAGUGGACUGGCAGGACGUCUAUGACAAAAAGCUCGUACCGCCAUUCAUGCCGCAGGUAUCGUCUGAAACUGACACCAGGUAUUUUGACGAGGAGUUCACAGCACAAACCAUCACCAUCACUCCUCCAGAGAAAUAUGAUGAGGACGGGAUGGACUCAGCCGAUAGCGAACGGAGACCACAUUUCCCACAGUUCUCUUAUUCAGCCAGCGGGAGGGAGUGAUGUCAUCAACGACGGAACCUGUGUAGCAAUGCUAGAAAGAGCCUCCCCUCUCUCUACCCCCUCGCAUUCAUUACUGAUAAACAUAGCAAGUUAUUUUUACUGCUUUCUGUUUGUUUGUGGUUUUUUUUGGGGGGGGGUUAUUUCUUGAUGUGGGACUUUAAAAGGGGGUUUUGCACAGUUGGGUGUGUCUUGAGCAAGUUGACCCACAUUUAAAAGUCUUGUUCACUGUCAGCUUGUUUACAGAUCAUGGACAGUGUUUUUCGGUAAAAUGAUCAGUAUUGUUAAUGACGACCUGAUUUUAUUUUUUAUUUUGCACUUGUUUAAGAGCCGUUGUUGGGAACAAACCAAAAAUGUUGCCUUAUGUGUGUGGAUCUCAUCUGUCAGACAGAUGGACAGACAUGUAGUUAGGGUUAUUAGAAGCAGCGCUAGUUCUGUUCCUGUGAGGCUCACAAAUUACAUUUAGUUGAUUUUUAUGUUACACACAUUGUUGGAGGGUUUUGAUCUUUAUCGAUACUUUCGAUAAGAAGUCAAACGUAAAGAUAGAGCGGGAAAGUCUAUCAAAGGACUCUAGUGUUAAUAUUUGGUUUAUUUUUUUUAUGCUUACACUCUGAUAUGAAGGUUUAAGUUACAAAUACACAACUGUACAACAAACUGCCGUUACUGUAAGCUCUCUCAGGCAAUUCAGAGCACAAGAGUGAAUCUCACGAAACCUGGCAAGAGCACGUCCCCGUGUUUCUCCCUAAAUCACUAGAAAGACAUAAUGUCAUUAUUCGAUCACAUUUAUGACAUGAUUUUCAUGAAAAUAAAGCACAUGUUCCCCUCAAAUUCUCAUUACAGUAAUGUGAACAAUACCACAUUCUCAUUACUGUAAUAUGAAACAAAAGUCAUUUAAAUGUAAAAAACUUUGUCAUGGUAGUAUUUGUUGUAAAAUAAUUUAUGCAUUGUGACAUUUUCGUGACAAUUGAGCACAUUUUCCCCCUAAAUUCUCAUUACCGUAAUGUGAAAAAAAUCUCAUUGUCUUUACUGUAAUACGAAUCAAAAAAAGUGUUUAAACAUUGUCGUGGUAGUAUUUGUUGUACAAGAGUUUUUGCAUUGUGACAAUAUUUUCAUAACAAUUAAGCACAUUUCCCCCUAAAUUCUCAUUACCGUAAUGUGAAAAAAUCUCAUUACUGCAAUACGAAACAAAUGUCAACUAAAUGUUUAAUUAUUUAUGUCAAAUAAAUAUUUGUUAUAUAUUUUUUUGCAUUUGAAAUUUUAGAGACAACUGAGCAAAUUUUCAUGACCAUAACGUAAUUUUUUUUAAUUGUCAUUACUGUAACAUUUCAAUUAAUUGUUUGUUUCAUAUUACAAUAAUGAGAAUUUGAGGGAAAGUGUGCCUAAAUGUCAUAAAAAUGUCAAUGCUAAAUGACAAAUACCGUGACAUGAACACUUUAAUAUGAAACAAAAGAGAAUUAAAUUUUUUUUAAGUAUUUAUUUCAUUUGUUGUGCAAGAUUUUUGACAUUGUGACAUUAUUUUCAUGACAAUUGAGCACAUUUUCCCCCUAAUUUCUCAUUACCGUAAUGUGAAAAAAAUCUCAUUGUCUUUACUGUAAUACGAAUCAAAAAAAGUGUUUAAACAUUGUCGUGGUAGUAUUUGUUGUACAAGAUUUUGACAUUGUGACAUUAUUUUCAUAACAGUUAAGCACAUUUCCCCUAAAUUGUCAUUACCGUAAUCUGAAAAAAAAAAUAUUACUGUAAUAUGAAACAAAAUACAGUAAUCUACAUUUUAAAGUGUUUACAUCAUGGUAGUAUUUUCUGCACAAGUUUUAAUUUUCAUUAAAAUUGAGCAUAUUUUCCUCCUAAAUGUGAUUUACGGUAAUGUGAUUUUUUUCAAAUUGUCUUUACUGUAAUACAAAAGCAAAAAGACAUUUACAUUUUAAAAGUUUGUCAUGGUAGUAUUUGUUGUCAAUUUAUUUUGCAUCAUGGCAUUUUCAUAACAAUUAAGCCCCCCCCCCAAAUGUUAUUACCGUUAAUGUAAUACGAAACAAAAAAUUAUCUACAUUUUUAAGUAUUUACUCCAUGGUAGUACUUGUUGUACAAGAAGUGUCGUAUUGUGAGAUUGAUGACCCCCACACACACACACACACACACAAAUACACCCGUAUACAUUACAGAGACAAAUUGCUAAAUUGUCAUGAAAAUAAUGUCAUAAUGCGAACAUUUGCAAUGGCCCUAAAACAAGUUUCUUGACCCAAAACAUUUUUUUUUUUUUAAUUUUGCGGUGAAAUGCAACCUGGACAUGUUUUCGUGAGAUUCACCCACAAAUCUACCCACCGACGGAGUGAAACCUACCCAAAUAUGAUGUUUAUCAUCUUGUCCUUAAUUCCUCACCUCUGCCUUGCUGAAAAGGACCACUUUGAACUUUUUACUCUCUCCAAAACCGAUUCAACCGUUAAGGACAAUGUUUAAGGACUCGAUUUGGGUGGCGUUUCACAUUUACUGUAUCGAUCAACAGGUAUGUCUUUCUCACCCAGCACAGAGAAAGAUAACUCAACCACUAUCCCUCACUUCAUAACAAAAAGAGUUAACUUAUAAUAGUUGGAGUAAUGUUGGACUAUUCCAGAAGAUGUAAAUACAAACUCUCUAUCUCUUUUUACCAUUAUCGUUACAUUUAGUAUGAUUUUGUACAUCGAAAAGUUACAGUCCUGUCUCCAUUGCUGUGGAAAUCGUAUGGAUGCGUGUCGUCUGUGUUUGGAAUCAAUAACAAGUCAGAUCACAGACUCAUUUUAUGUGCAACUGAGCCAUGCAAUACCAGUGUGAAUGACCCCUGACCCCGAAACCACCCCAAGUGUAAUGUACAUAUGCAAUGCCUUCUGUUUGUGACGCGUCACAGCCCGAGAAAAAAGUUGAGUGACAGUAAUUGUGUGUGAAUUGUUGGAUGACAGAAAUUUAAAUGUGAAUUGAAAAAAUGUCCUGAAAUGACACAAAACCACUGGAAAACAUCUAUCAUGUGGAUGUUUCCAUAGAGACGAGUUGCUAUGGUUUCAGUCCCAUCCUGUUUGUUCCUGAUCCAGUGAACAUUUUGGAAACUGCCAGUAUUCUUCAUAGCGAAUGAUAUGAGUGGAUGCGAGUGUUAUUUUCACUCUGUGACAUUUCUGGCUAACAGCAAAUCUUCACUUAGGUUUUCUAAUGUUUUGUUUGUUUCAGCGUAUUUUUGUACCAUAGAUGUAAUUUAGUUGUAUUUAUUUUCAUAUGUUGGGAUGAAGGACGCUGUCGGACACGUUUAUUAAGUGCUCUCUCUCUCCCUCAUAAUUUUUUAUACCUUUCCUUUAGUCGUUUGCCUGUUUUGUUUUCAUACCAAAUCAUUAGGGCAAGUGCCCCAUAGAGGACUUGC